AUGAAGGUAACGAUUGCUUCGCGUAAUCCGAAAUCGAGCAAGUUCCCUAUUACGUUAGAGCUUCCUGGAACAGCUGCUACACUUCAUGCUACUGAUAUUAAUAAAGCAUUAGCUGCUAAAUUCCCCGUUUAUUAUCCUGAACGUCAACGUUUGACGACUAGUGACAAAAAGCCUCUGGAGACUGACAAGACACUUCAAGAACUAGGCAUCGAUGAAACAACAACUAUUUAUUUCAAAGAUUUAGGACCUCAAAUUGGCUGGCGUACUGUCUUUUUAAUUGAGUAUGCAGGUCCACUCUUUAUUCAUCCCAUCUUUUAUUACUGUUCUAAAUGGAUCUACGGUAAUGCCGUCCACCAUUCAGACAUGCAGAAAUGGACUUAUUAUUUAGUUUUGGCUCAUUUUUUGAAACGUGAAUUGGAAACAUUAUGGGUACAUCGAUUCUCACACGGUACUAUGCCCUUCCGUAACGUUUUUAAGAACUCGGCUCAUUAUUGGUUGUUGUCAGGGGUUAAUUUGGCCUUUUGGGUUUAUGGACCUUGGUUUGGUCAAGGAAAGAAUUUGGCUAUUCGUAAUGAUGUUUGGUUAUUUGGAUGCGUUGCUGUUUGGGCUUGGGCUGAAAUUUCGAAUUUGAUCACACAUAUUACUCUUCGUAACUUGCGUCCUCCAGGAACUCGUGUUCGUGCUAUUCCUUAUGGUUAUGGCUUUGAUCUUGUUUCUUGCCCCAACUAUUUCUUUGAAUUUGUUGCUUGGACUGCUAUUUGUUUUCUUACAACAAGCUGGAGUGCAUUUUUGUUUAAUAUUGUUGCUACUGGUCAAAUGUAUGUUUGGGCUAUUAAAAAGCACAAGAAUUAUAGAAAAGAAUUUAAGGAAUAUCCUCGUAACAGAAAAGCCAUGUUUCCCUUUAUUGCAUAA